AAUAUGUAUCACCACCUAUUUUCCUGAAGACAUGAAUGUAGUCAGUCAGAGCAACCAGCCCACCUCUUUACAUAGGGAGCAGCCUUCCUGCUGCACACUCUAAUUACGAACAUUCAGCCAGACACACCAUGAUGAGCUUCACUUUAGUCGCCUCCAUUCUAUACAGCCUCAGCUGGAUCUCUGUCUCGCUUUCUGAGUAUCAGACUGUGGAGGCUCAGCCUGGUGAAGAUGUCACACUGAGGAUUACCAAAGGGAACAUGUAUGGAACUGUGAUAUUCUGGUUCAAGCUGGUCAAUAGAACCAACACCAGCUGUAUCUCUAUCAUGUUCACUUCGCAACCUAACAUCUGUGAUGGAUAUGACAGCAGAAAAUUUGAAAUGAGCUCCAACAUCUCCACUGUCUCUCUCAAAAUCAAACAUGUGGAUUCAUCUGACUCUGGACUGUAUUUUUGUGGAUUUUACAAUACUGGAAGACCACUUUUCAGUGUGAUACGCUUAAAUGUAAAAGGUAGUGAUGAGCCACAUGAUGACGUGAUCAGCAAGUGUACAAUUGAGUCUAACGGAGUUGCAAAGAUGACGAGUGCGAUCCUGGGUGGUCUGACUGUUUGCCUUCUGAUGGUCAUUAUCGUUCUCGUUGUUCAAAACAGGAAACUGCAGACAGCUGAUAAAGAAGAUCACAAUCCACAGCAAAGUGAGAACGUGAGCUGUGAUGAGCUGAACUACGCAGCAGUGACAUUUCGACCAAAAGCAAAAAGGAGAGCGCCUGAGCCAAAUGUUGUUUAUGCUGCCACCAGAUAGACUCAGGAGGCAACUGGAAAUGAUGCUGUGUCAUGUUAAUAUGCUUUGAUUGUGACAGCAAGAACCACUGAUACCAACACAUUUCAUUUUGCAAUAAAGAUCUGAUGUUCAUACAUGUCAAGUCACGUCAAGAGGUUUUAUUGUCAUUUCAGCUGUUUGCUGUAACAGUGAAGAGUGAAACGAGACAGCGUUCCUCCAGGUGCUGCCCUAGAAACUAAAUACACACUGUACAUUGUGCACACUGAUGUGAGACUAUACAUAAUGCACAGGACUAUACAUACUGCACAAGGACUGUGCAGACUAUACACACAGCACAGACUGCAAGAUUAUACAAGACUAUACGUACUGCACAAAGACUACAGUUACAAACAACAAGGAGCAGCACCAACCAGGACAUGGUCCUGCUGUGGAAUGUUUGAGACAGCCAUAAAGUGCAGGUAGGGACAGUUUUGUAUACGGUAUAACAUGCCAUAAACAUAACGAGGUAAGGUGAGAAUGUACAUGUUUUGUUGU